AAACGUAGUCUUUUCUCCUCAACUCCCAUUUCCCACAGGUUUCGCGAGAUUUUACACAGGCGGGUUUUGUGUGGUAACAAUUCUCUGCCAGACGACCUGACAAUACUGAUAUGAAAUCUGCGUAAAGCCGUUGAAUUCCUGGAGGCAUGUCCAAGAAAAGGGGCAGAAAGCGGAGUAGCGGGGAGCUGAGUGACACAGUGACCCCUGAACCUAACAGCAUUCUGGGAGUCCGCAUACAGCAUAACUGGCGUGAGAAAGGGAACCAGAGCAAAUGGAAAGGAACGGUACUCGACAGGCUAAGCGUCAAUCCAUCUCUCUUCAUGGUGAAGUAUGACGGCUUCGACUGCGUCUAUGGAAUCGAGCUGUUCAAGGAUGAAAGAGUGUCCAACCUCCAAGUCUUGUCCGAAAAAGUUGUUAAUAAUAAAAUCAAGAUACCUCCAGGGGCAGAGGAGCUGGUGGGAAAAGCUGUGGAGCAUCUGUUUGAAAAAGAAGAUGGAGAGAAGAAUGAAUGGAGAGGCAUGGUCCUCUCCAGAGCUCCAAUUAUGACCAACUGGUAUUACAUUACUUAUGAAAAGGACCCCGUUCUUUAUAUGUACCAGCUGUGGGAUGACUACGCUGAUGGAGAUCUCAGGAUUUUGCCUGAAGCAGAAAACAAGCACCUGUUGCCUGCAGACAGGAAGCCAGGAGAAGAGACGGAAAGCCUGGUGGGAAAACAAGUGGAGUACGUUACUGACAAGGGUGUGAAGAGAACCGGUCUGGUGAUCUACCAGGUCCCAGCCAAGCCCUCUGUCUACUAUAUCAAAUAUGACGAUGACUUUCAUAUCCAUGUCUAUGACUUGGUCAAAACCACUUAGACAUAGUGGACACUUUAUCUCCAGCCUCCCUCCAUCUGCUUAUAUUUCACUCAUUGUUCUAACCUGUUAAUCAAAGCCAUUACAGGGUUAAAAGGUUAAUAUGCUUUGUUCAGAAGAAAGUGCAAUAUGUUUUCCAUAUGCACAGCAGUACUGUAGCACUGCUACGCUAGGCUGUUGCUAAGAGGAGGAGUCACCUUGUUUUAUUGUUGCUGCUGUUCUUUUUAUUUUAAGUUUGGACGGUUCACGAUCCCCAACAGCUGCAAAAUGCAGUGCGUUGUUGUCCGGGCAUACUCACAGACGUGACUUUAGAAAUACAAAUGUAUCAGACAAGCUGCUCAAAAGCACUUAAAGCCACUUUGUCAAAUUGGAACUGAAACAGUAUUGUAAAUUCACCUGAAUGUGGGCCUUUUAUUUUCAGAAGUUGCAUCCAUUCAACUGAACUCUACUUUUUUGCACCAUAAUAAGCACUCUAACAUUUAAACUGUAGUACCAAUUGGUUGCAUAAUUAAAGUAUUUUCAUUAAACCUUGAACUCUAAUUCCUAGUUUUAACAGUACAAGGCCUAUUGUGUCCAAUGUACAGGAGAAGAUAGUAUGCUAAAUUGUCAUGUAAACCUGAUUCCACCAAAAUCAUCAAGUGCCUUCUGGCUUGUCGUUUUGCAAUAGUGUAUAGAUUCUGACUGUGCUUUUAGUCUUGUCAUAGCAUAUGAAGGCUGUUAUUUGGUAUUCAUGUAGAAGUUCAAUGCUCUUCACAGAAUGGUGACACUGACAGCUUGAGGAAAGUUUUGCAACCAUUACUUAUAUAUGUGCUGUAUUUUGCUGUUAAUGCAGUAUAAAACUAUACCUAAAUAUAACAUGCAUUAUCAAUGGUUGUAUAAUCUCACUGCUGAUAAUGUGGGGAGCACUUUAAUGUAUAAAGUUUACAUGUUUAGGUUAUGGUUUGCUUUAUAAUUGGCCAAAAUUGAUUUUUUUCCUCAUGAGAAAAUGCGACAGUAUAUGCUUUACAUCACAUGCAUGAAGAAAAAAAAAGUAGCAAUAUUAAGCUAUACAAUUUGUGUAUAAUGCCAUGUGUUACCUGUUGUGAUUACGCUCAUUUACACAACCAUCCCAUCAAAACACUACCAGCUUUGAUUAUAAGUGUACAUAAAGUAAAUGGAAGAUUCGCAGAUAUCCUCAACUACAAGACCAGUUUGCUGACUGUAUGUAACUCAGUCUACACUUAACAAUUUUGUCUUAGUUUUGCCAACAUGAUGGCUAAGCUUCAGUAUGCUUUUCAUCCAGGCUUUUUCACUGUCCUAGUUGCAGAGUUACUUCUCCUUUGCCUUCUUUAAGUCUUUCAGUGUAUCCCUCAGUGGACUAGUUAACUGAUAAGUAUACUGUUAAUGUUACUCUUGGCUUUCAAUAGCCUGCAUGCAUCAUCACUGGAACGGAGUGCCUCAAGACUCUGAAAACUCCUUUUUCUGGACAGUGGAUGUAACUGUUGAAGAUUCAGUACAGUUUGUAAAACCCACAUUAAAACACUAAACAAUCCAGAUGAGUUAAUGUUCUACAUCACCAAUACUGGUGCUGUGCUGUGAAGUGUUUUUUUGUUGUGCAGAGUGGAACUACAAAUGUGCGUUCUUAAUACUUUCAGCCUCCUCCUCCCGCUCUGAAGUUGUAGCAGCAUCAACAGGCAGUUGUGUUAUUAUUCAGUCAUGGUUAAUAAAGAUUUUUGCACAUUU